CAGUUUGGAAAAUUUCCCCAUGGACAGAAUCAAAGUCCUUGGGUGUACAUGGAUUUUAUAUGUUUUAUAUUGGACAUAAAUUUAUUGACAUGAUGAAAGUAAUGUACUGAUUUCAUUGCUAAAGGAAUAUAAAUAUCUCUCAGCGUGACUUGAAUAAAAUAUAUAAUAUACAUUUAGUAAGAAAAUUUAUAAUAUGUAUUUUCUGAUGAAAUGAUUUAGCAAGGAAAUCACUACGUUACAUUCAUGUAGAUAUCAUGUCGAUAAAUUCACACCCAUGUAGUCUAUGGAAAACAUAUGAAUACACGCACACACACACACACACACACACAAGUGGAAUUAGCAGCUAUUUUCAGAGCUGCGUGUAGCCUUCUUUCAAUUUUGUAAAUAUUUAAAUGAGCUAAAAAUUAAGGAGAUUCCUCUCUAGUUUAAAGUAAAAAAAUUAUUUUUCUCUUUCAAUAUACGUUUUUUUAACCUUUAUAGUUUCAAAAAUAUUUUGAAAGCGAUAUCACAAAAUUCAAAUAACAUAUCAGUUCUUUAAUAAACAAUGUUAGUGAUGAUAUACAGAUUAAAAGAUUUUAACGUGAUUUGUGUUCUUAUAUUCUCUUUUUCUUUUUUUCUAAAACCUUUAAACUUUCCUAUUUUAUUCUUUUCAACAAUGUAUUUGCUAUAUUUCUUAGGUAUAAUUUAGGUGUAUAACGUACAGAUGUAACAGUAUAAUAAAUUAAGGUAACAGUUUAUUAUACUCUUUUAUCUAUAAUAAAAUAAAAUUUUAAAACGUAUUUCAACAAGCUUCUUAGCUUUGUUCUAAACUUUUUUUUAAGAAAUUUCUGAUUAAUCUUUGUUUUAAAAUAUAUUUUCCUAACAAUUGUCAUUACAUUCUGUACUUGAUUUGUUGUGUAAUAAUUUGGAAUUUGUUAUUUUACAGCUUAAAAAUUUAAUAAAACUGAAUUAUAUUUUUCCGAUUAAUUACUGCUAAUAAAGUUUGGCAAAAAAGGAAAGAGUAUGUGUGUCAUUAAAGUCAGAAGAUCAACUUUAUUAUCAAAUGUUGUGCAAUGUCGUAAUGGUCACACGUUACACGUCAUACGCGAGAACAUAUGUUUCUGUUUUGAGUUCAAAUAAUUAUGUAUAGUCAAGUCAGAUUAAUUAUAAGUUACUUUACUUUGUUUUCUUACUUUAUUAAUUUCAAAGAAUAUCAAAUUCAAAAUUAUGAAAUUUGUGCAAUUCAUCAUAUCAUUGUAUUCGUAAGAACAUCCGUUCUACACGCCGUAUCUCGUCGAAAAUAUUCUGUCUCGUUGAUUAUUCAAAAGUAAGAAUACGAGAAACUUCAAGGAUAACGAUUAUAAUAUUUUAUAUGCGAAGCAAACAAGUUUUUGUUGUGGUCGUCCGUACACGCAAAAAAAGAUUGGUAAGCAAAUAAUGACUUUACCGGUUUGGUUCGGUUGCCGUUUUAAAUCGUCGAUAACUAUACAGUAAUUGCAUCCAAGCCAAUGAGACAUUUUCCCGCCGAAUUUGCUUCUCCCGGCUUUCCUUCGCUUAAACCAGAGCAAGGAGGUUCGCUCUCUCUGCGAGAGAUCUGCAGAUUCAGAUUCGAGAAGCGACGCGAGAAAGUUACAUAGUAUCCAUAACCGAGACAGAAAUCGGGAAGUGUCGGGAGUUAUAAGGCGCGCAAGCUUGCGUUCGCUUGUUAACACGCGCUUAUCAAUCAAUGAGACAGAGACACUGUUUAGUUGGAAUCGAUUUUUUACCGUCCAUCAUUUCCUCGCUGAGACUGAACGACUCGUGGCACCGCGGAAGAAGUAUCGCGUAAUGAUAGCCGCCAGCUGAAGAUAAAACCGUUCUCGAGAAUUCUCCUUUUCGAGUGUAAAAAAAUCAUCAUGGACCUUACCUCAGAAGACAAUGUAAAUAGAACCACUAUCGGCGUCCACGAGAAAGCAAAAGAUGCCUUCAAUAAAAUCAACAGUACUACCUGUAUGACGUAUCUUUCAAAAAUAGCUGCAGUGGAUAUCGAAUUUAACGAUGUGACGUAUUCAGCACCAAGUACUCGGAAAGAAAUGAAAAUGAUUCUGAAAGGUCUCAGCGGUCAAUUCAAAUCAAGCAAUCUGACAGCAAUUUUAGGUUCUUCUGGUGCCGGAAAAUCGACGUUACUCAACAUCUUGGCAGGAUAUAGAUGUACGGAGAUGGGUGGUUCGAUAAGUAUCAAUGGACAAAUGCGAGACAUGAAUAAGUUCAAAAAAAUGUCGUGUUACAUCAUGCAAGAAGAUCUUACACAACCGAACCUCACGGUUUCAGAGGCAAUGCGUUUCGCUGCUGAUUUAAAACUCGGCAGAAAGAAAUCAACAUCCGAAAAACACGCCGCUAUUGAUGAAAUCCUAAGUGUACUUAGAUUAAACGGAACGCAAGAUACUAUCACAAAUAGACUCUCCGGUGGUGAAAGAAAGAGGCUGACAAUUGCACUCGAGCUGGUAAAUAAUCCACCUGUUAUUUUCCUUGACGAACCGACCACUGGAUUAGAUGAGCUCUCUUCUACUCAGUGCAUUGAUGUUCUCCAGAGGCUGGCGCGUUGUGGGCGCACUGUCGUGUGCACGGUACACACGCCUAGCGCGAACGCAUUUAAGAAAUUUGAUCACGUUUACAUCAUAAGCAACGGACAAUGCGUUUACAGAGACUCCGCAAGCAACGUGGUGCCAUUCUUGCGAAACAUAGACAUAGAAUGCCCAAAACAUUACAAUCCGGCGGACUUCAUAAUUGAGAUCUCAGCUGGUGAUUAUGGUUCCAAUGUCGUCGAACAGAUGGUCGCAUGCGUAAACGCGAAGCUACCGCUUCCAAUUUUUCGAUCAAAGACCGAGUUUGAUUUCGCUAAAAAGAAUUUAACUUUAAAAAUCCCAUGGAUCGUUCAAUCUAGUACGCUAGUGAAGAGAAUGAUGGUGCAGAUUUAUCGAAAUAGAAAUUACAUAUACCUGAAGAUAGUUCUACACUUCUUCCUUGGACUAGUAGUUGGGGCGUUAUUUCUUAAUAUGGGCAAUAAUGGGUCCAAGGCCUUCUUCAAUGUCUUCUUUUGCUUCUCAUGUAUCACCAUUUUUCUGUACAUACCCAUGUUACCAGUACUGCUGCAUUUUCCUUUGGAAAUUCAGCUAAUGAAACGUGAGCAUUUUAAUAGAUGGUACGAUCUUAGUGCGUAUUUUUGGGCCUUUACAGUUGUUAAUAUACCUUUACAAAUAUUUUUCGCAAUUUUAUAUCUUUCAAUAGCCUAUUUAAUCACGGAUCAACCCCUGGAGUUGAAUAGGAGCACCAAGUUCUUUGGCACUUGUUUCAUAUGUGCCUUAAUCGCUGAGAGUAUAGGGCACAAUGUUGCCAGCGUAUUUAAUGCUUUGAAUAGUGUAUUUGUCGGAUCAGCAUUAACUUGUCCCAUAAUGCUAACCGCGAUGCAAAAUUUCGGCGACCCAAGCCCUCUACCGCUGUACCGGACAAUUCCCAUGUAUAUGAGUUACAUUCGGUACGCACUGGAGGCUCUCAUAACAGCCAUGUACGGUUACGGUAGACCGAGAUUACCUUGUUCAAAAGAGAAAAUAUACUGCCAUUUCAGUUCGCCUAAAGAAAUCAUGCGAACAAUAGGGGCAGAGACACCUCCAAAUUUUUGGUUGGAUAUAUUCGCUCUUUUUGUAAUUUUAUUUAUUUUUAAAGGACUCUCAUAUUAUCUGUUAAAACAAAGAGUACAACCAAACAAAGUUUUUCAGAAGAUCCAUACAAUCAGAAAGAGAAUCAAAAGUCAUUUAAAUAUGUAAUCGUUAGCUAUGUGCAGGCUUGGGUAGUAACUAGUUAAAAAAUUAAUAACUUUUAACUUGAUUUAGUUAAUUUUAAAUGCGUUAAUUUUUAACUUUCACUAAUUAUUUUUAAACGUUAACUCAUUAACAUUUUUCUACAUUAAUUCUUUGUAUCUCUAUAAAUUACAGUAUAAUAGAUCGGUAUCAUUCUCAGCACAUGUACCACGAAUAUUUAGUGCAGGUGGUCUACAUUGAUACGAAUACUAAUUGACGACUUACGAAGAAAGUUAACUAAUCAUUUUGAAAUAAUGCUCUUAUUAAAAUUUAAUAAUUACUUUAAUAAUGAUAAAUUCUUUUAAUAAGACUACAUUUUAUCGAUCAUGUACAGGGUAUCAGAAAAAGUUUGCCCGUGAUCUUGUGGAUUGAUAGAGUAAGUCAAACUGAGCAGAAAAGUCCUGUACCAUUUUUCAAAAUUGGCAAUAGUUAUCGAGAUAAAAAUUAGUAGUCGGUAAGUGAGCGCGUACUUUUCUUAACCACUGCACGCGGGGACCGCCCGUCGGUCACCAAGCUAGCCGCAGCGGGCGGCGCGGUGAGGAAGAAGAAAGAGCAAUGUCUACUGCCCAGCAGCGUAAGGACCUGCGUACAAUAGAAGAAUAUUAGAUAUUAGGAAUAGGAAUUAAAAUUUUAGGAUCAGUUUUCUUAAUAAAUACUAUAAAUAAAUAAUAAGUUACGUUGUAUCUUGUACGGCACAUUUAUAUCUUACGUUUUAUUUUUAUCUAUUGUGUGUUACCUUUAAUAUUUAUUGAAAAAACUGGUACUAAAAUUUUAAUUCUUAUUCCUAAUGUCUUAUAUUCCUGUGUUUUGCGCAGGUUCCGCUUUGAGUUGAUUGUUUUCUUGUUCCCUUGCCGCGAUGCCUGCUCCUGGCUAGGCGACCACUAGGCGGUCUUCGCGCUAGUGGUGGGAAACUAUCAACUUUUUCAACUAUCGAUUUAUCAAUGGUAUUAACAAAAAACUAUCGAUAGUAUCGAUACUAUCGAUGGUUAUCGAUACUAUCAAUGGUUUUUCUGCUCAACUUUUACUUUAAAAAUUUAAUAAUCAAUGAAAGGCAUAUGUGAUGUUUUUCAAAAGAAAUUUAUUUAAUCGUUUGUAAAUAAAUAGUUUUACAGAUUUACUUACUAUUAAUUUAUAAGCCAUUGAUUUUGUUUUAAAAAAAUUAAUGUAUUCACAUUUUUUUAUUUUAGUCUUGAUCUUUUUUUGGAAAAAAAUUUCUCCUGCUUUCGAAAAUAUUCUUUCAGCUGGAACGGAGGUGGCCGAAAUAAUCAAAUAUUUGCAAACUACUUUUGCUAGAGGUUGCAAAUUGUCUUUACAUGACAACCAAAAUUUAAUAGGAUCUUCGUUUUCAGGUUUCAGUCUAUCUUUGAUGUAAUCAUUUACUAUUGUUAUAGCAGCUGCUGUAUUAUUAUUCGUUACAUUUUUGUCUUUCUCUUGUAAAUAUUUGAAAAUUCCUUUAGGUUCUAAUAAGAAAAUUUAACACGGUUAAUAACAAAAAUGAACUUAUAUUAAAUUCUAAUAAAUUAUUUAUUACUUUCUUUUUCUGAAACUCUGGAAUCUGUAAUUCUGAUUUCAUUUUUAUUUUUAUGAAUUAUCCUUUUCACCUCGUCUUCUGUUAAAUCUUGAGCAGUUUUGGCGUUAGUAGUAGAAAAAAAUGCGAGUUUCUUCAGUCUUGGGCCACAAAAAGUGCUAAUUUGAGGUUCCUGUUUUGCCUCGUAUUUGAACAAUCUAUUACUCAAAACACUUUGUAAUGAUUUUUCUAGCCCUUGAGCUAUAGAAGAUUUCAGAGUGAAUCUAAGUUGAGUUAAUUCCAUUUGUAUUUCCACUGUCAUUAGUAUUAUUAAUGAUGCCGUAACAUAUUUAUCUCUUGUAACAAUAUGAAAUAAAUAAAUUACCUAAUUUUCUUUAAA